UGGGAGUAGCAGAGCGGCGCUGGCCCAGCAAGCAGCCUCUGGAGCAGGGGAGGAGCGCAGGCGGCGGCCGCCCCGGGGCCCCCGGAGGAAGAGGAGGGGGAGGAGGAGGAGCCGAAGCGCCCAGAGCAGCAGCCGCGGCUCGGCCCGAGUUGCAGCAGAGGCAGCGACGGCGGCUAGGAGACUCUGCAGCCUCCGGGAGCCGCGAAUCCUGGUGGGGACAGCAGCAGGGAGCGCCCGCGCCCCUAGCCACUGCACCCCCGGCCUUGCUAAGCCUCCAUCGCCUAGCGGGGGCCACCGCCAGCCAUGGCUGCACCGCCGGAUCUGCAGGAUGAGCCGCUGCCUCUGACUAGCCCCGGGUCCCAGCGGUUCGGGAGCCGGGGGGAGGGGGAGGACGAAGCGGCUACGCCGAAAGCGGCCAGGCCGGCGCAGCAGGAUGGGGAGCCUGCCUGGGGAUCCGGCGCCGGAGCUGGGGUAGUGUCGCCGCGGGAACUGUGCUCCGGCCCCGCCCGGUCGCCUCCCGUCGCCAUGGAAACUGCAUCCACAGGUGUGUCGGCUGUUUCUGAUGCCCUAGAUGACCCUUCUUCAACACUCAAAGACGGGGAAGGGGCGUGUUACACAUCCCUGAUUUCUGACGUCUGCUAUCCACCCCGGGAGGACUCUGCAUACUUUACAGGAAUUCUUCAAAAGGAAAAUGGUCACGUCACCACUUCCGAGAGCACCGAGGAGCUGGGGACCCCUGGACCCUCCUUACCGGAAGUGCCUGGGAUGGAGCCGCACGGCUUAUUGAGUUCUGAUUCUGGAAUAGAGAUGACUCCUGCUGAGUCCACCGAAGUGAACAAGAUCCUAGCUGACCCCCUGGACCAGAUGAAAGCAGAAGUCUACAAAUACAUUGACAUAACCAGGCCACAGGAGGCAAAAGGCCAGGAGCAGCAUCAACCUGGGCUAGAAGGUAAAGACUUGGGCUUUAAAGACAAGGACACUGAAGUCUCCACAACACCAGGAGGGGUCCGGGCACCCGAGCAACCAGCUCCCGUGGAGGGCAAGCUCAUCAAGGACCACUUAUUUGAAGAAUCUACCUUUGCUCCUUACAUAGAUGAGCUCCCUGAUGGGCAGCACAGGGCGCCUCUGGUCACUGCCCCUGUCAAGAUCACACUGACUGAGAUUGAGCCUUCUGUCCUGGCUGCCACACACGAGACUGUCCCUGAGAAGCAAGACCUGUGCCUGAAGCCAAGUCCUGACACCGUCCCCACCGUCACUGUCUCGGAGCCUGAAGAUGACAGUCCGGGGUCUGUCACUCCUCCAUCUUCCGGAACAGAACCAUCUGCUGCAGAGUCCCAGGGGAAAGGCAGCGUCUCCGAGGAUGAGCUGAUUGCUGCCAUUAAAGAAGCCAAGGGGUUAUCAUAUGAGACCACCGAGAGUCCAAGGCCAGCGGGCCAGGUGGCUGAAAGACCCAAAGCCAAGGCCAAAUCCGGGCUGCCCACCAUCCCCAGCCCCCUGGACCACGAGGCCAGCAGUGCAGAGUCCGGGGACUCAGAGAUUGAGCUGGUGUCAGAGGACCCCAUGGCCUCGGAGGAUGCGCUGCCCUCCGGUUACGUGAGCUUCGGCCACGUGUCGGGCCCGCCCCCGUCUCCUGCCUCGCCGUCCAUCCAGUACAGCAUCCUGCGCGAGGAGCGCGAGGCCGAGCUGGACAGCGAGCUCAUCAUCGAGUCCUGCGACGCCUCCUCGGCCUCGGAGGAGAGCCCCAAGCGCGAGCAGGACUCACCCCCGAUGAAGCCAAGCGCCCUGGACGCCAUCCGCGAGGAGACGGGCACUCGGGCCGCCGAGGAGCGUGCGCCCAGCCUCCAGGGCCCCGCGGAGCCCUGCCCGGUGCUCAGCUUCGGUCCCACCCACCUCCAACCCCGUCCCGAGCUGUCCUCCGGAGACGGGGCCCCGGCCCCCGAGCCGCCCACAUCACAGCAGCAGAAGCCAGAGGAGGAAGCUGUGAGUUCCAGUCAAAGACCCGAGGCCACCACCGAGAGUCCCGGGCUGCUUGGUCCCUGCCUGAUGCCCCCUCUGCCCUUCUUCAACAAGCAAAAAGCUAUUGACCUCCUGUACUGGCGCGACAUCAAGCAGACGGGGAUCGUGUUUGGGAGCUUCCUGCUGCUGCUCUUCUCCCUGACCCAGUUCAGCGUGGUGAGCGUCGUUGCCUACCUGGCCCUGGCUGCCCUCUCAGCCACCAUCAGCUUCCGCAUCUACAAGUCCGUUCUACAAGCUGUACAGAAAACAGAUGAGGGGCACCCCUUCAAGGCCUACCUGGAGCUGGAGAUCACGCUGUCCCAGGAGCAGAUCCAGAAGUACACGGACUGCCUGCAGCUGUACGUGAACGGCACCCUGAAAGAGCUCCGGAGGCUCUUCCUCGUGCAGGACCUGGUGGACUCCCUCAAAUUUGCAGUUCUCAUGUGGCUCCUGACUUACGUUGGCGCGCUCUUCAAUGGCCUGACCCUGCUGCUUAUGGCCGUGGUUUCGAUGUUUACCCUACCUGUGGUGUACAUUAAGCACCAGGCACAGAUCGACCAAUAUUUGGGACUCGUGAGGACUCACAUAAACACUGUCGUGGCAAAGAUUCAGGCUAAAAUCCCUGGCGCCAAAAGGCACACUGAGUAGAUGGAUACCCCAGGAGAAGCCAGACAUGGAUGGGAGUGUCUGGAGUGGUAACAGCUCUCUUCUUUCUCGUUACUGCAAACUGAUUGUUCCCUUUCCCAGUACCGUAAUCUUAGAGGCAAACUUUCAGACAGGUGUUUUCAGGCUCUUCCUGUACUCCUAGGAUGUUUGAGUCCCUCGUGUCAAGCACUAAAGUAUAGAGAAAAGUGUGUUAGAUGUGGUUUUUAAUUUUGUGUUGCUAAAAAAAAAAAAAAAAAAAAAUAAGUGCAUGAUGGUGAGAGCCCACGUUCUCCUUCCUUCCUUGAUGUUCUUCUCUCUGCGAUGCUUUCGUAGCUUCUACCGUCCCUGUGGCUAGGCCUUUCUUGCCAAGUGCGCUGACACAAUAGUGGAAAUCGCUUAUCAUGUCCUUGGGUUGAUGGUUGGAUUCAUCUUUAAUAACACUAUAUAGAAUUGUAGGCCGAUGUUUUAGCAUUUUUUUUCCCAACACACACAACAUAAAAAUGAAUAUAAAACAGUUGACCGUACAUAGGGUAAUCAGUUUUGUAUAACUUAAAACGAUUGGAUUAAAGAAUAAAUCCAAAAUGAACACACAGUACUUUUAUUGUAUGGGAUGCCUGGGCUGAUUUACAUGUAUGGUAACUAAAAGGUGCCGGCAUGGUGACUUGAUUACACUUUGUAUUACUUCCUCUGUAGUUCCUAACGGACUUAAUCAUGGACUCUGGAUAUUUGCACUUAUGUACUUGAUACUGAAUGCAUCAAUAAAUGUGACUAAAUGUAGACACUC